AUGCAACGUCUUCACGAGGCCUUCUUAUUGGUUAAAGCAAACUUGGCCCAAGCCAGGGAACAGCAAAGGACCCAGUACGACAAGCGGGCUCGUGAGCAAGCAUUCAACAUCGGUGACAAGGUGUUAAUCGACGUAAGAACGCAAAUGGCAGGCACAAGCAAGAAACUCAUCCCCCGUUUUAUGGGGCCAUACCGCGUCACAAAAAUCAACAACCAACACACCGUGGAAAUUCAAGAAUGCGCGGGAAAACAGACCCAGUUGGUGCACGUAAACAGGAUCAAACCCCUGUAUGAAUCUAUGAUCUGGAAGGAAGAACCUUGCGUAGAUUUCCGAGAGAGCCGUGAUCACCCCAUACCACCGGAGCUCACCAACGAACUUGAAGGACCACCCCCAGCGGAUAAAGAGUACGCUCUGCAGGAAGAACAGGAUCUUAUAGAUCUCGACUCCGGUCCAUCCCCCUUACCAGAAGGAACGAUAACUUCAAACCUCCACAAAGGACCAAACAUAAACCUCUCUUUCACCCCGGAACGACCUUCAUCAAGCGUAGUUGACCAUGUGCCUUUAUUGCCUAGAUUAUUGUUGAUGUCCCUCCUCGCCCUCCUGUUUUUUACCCCCUUGGCUGCAUUUAAUGCCACCGUGUGUAACUGUGAUGGUGCGGCAAAUCUGGGAUUUCUGAAGUUCACGGAGGAAGACUGCUCUUUUGAAGACGCCCCCACUCCACCGGUAUCCAUUACGUACACUAUCUACUCUACACUACCAGAAUUUAAACGCUUUGCUGGCCACACGUGUAGCAUGUGGGUAUCCACCACCACAGUGUACAAGGACUUCAUGCAAUGGAAUCAAGUGUCUUACGGCCGCAACCCCAUCGAAGUGGAUGCAGCAACGUGCCGAAGGAUGAGAGACACACGACAAUGUCGAGGAAAGGCGAUGGAUAUAACAGGGCCCAACUCGUUCACCCUGGAAGGCCACCCAUUCGUGGAAACCAGUUGGCUUCGGACGGCGACAGAAAAGAUGACCAACUGUCGCCUCAAAGAAGUGACCUUACAGAGCGAAUGCCCGAACUGUACUAUCAGCUCUCCACUUGGCGACAUCCCUGGAGCAAUAAACGGCUCUUUCAAACACAACCUCGUGACCCUCGUCUGGGACGAUUCCUGGAAGGAAGCGAAGCCCUGCGAGUUAAGGGUUAUCGAAAAGGGAAUGGGCGUCAAGCACUCAACCGAAAACGACACUACCUUCCGUAUUCGGGACCCAAUUAAGCAGCUGGAUUUUAUAUAUUCAAUGAUAAACAGUUCCGUCUGUGGAGGAGGAAACCUCACUGCCUACCAUCCGGUUCUAGGAAUGGACAGAGUCGUCAUCGUGGUUCGGGAAGCGGCCAAGGGAACCGAUCUCGUCGAGAUGAGGCCCAAUAACGCGGACGCCAGAGCCAGAAGGGCGCUGUCCGAACUGACACGGGCGGAGAUCGAAUACGCCAGUCAUACACAAUACAUCAGAGACUUCACAAUGGAUAUUUCAAACCACCUGGCCCAAGAAAUUCGUAACCUGCAAUGCAAAAGCCGGAAAACCGCCUACCAUGCCGCUACGACGACUGCACAAUACGACGGAUGGUUAGCCGCUAAGCAUCUGGACCUUCCAUUAUGCACCAAGCUACUGGCGGUCGGGGCAUCCGUGUCCGUUUUGCAGUGUUUUUCCAGCAACGUCACCUUUGGGACGGUUUUCACGCCAUGUGGAGCCCAACCUCGGUGGGGCAACCAGACCAUCAACGUGGAAGGUUGGGAGCUCACGAAGUACUCCGAUUGCUACUGGCACGCAAACUUCGUCAACUUCAACGGCAAAGCCCACACCUUCAAGAACAACACCUGGAUGCCAAUCAACCCCAACCUAGAGAUACAAGGCCACCGUUUUAUCGACACUAUGCCCCUGGAGGUCGAUAACUCGUUGUGCAUGAUACUGCAGUUGCACCCAACAAUAACGUCGCAUCCCCUAAGUGCUUCAACCAUCAUGGCCAACAUCCUGGCGUACAUACAGAUGGGCUAUGGCACAGAAAUGUCGGGCGAACGACACGUCAACACAGUCCUCGUCCACCCCGGACAAGCACAAUACAUCUCCUUCAUGGCAAGGAUCGGAUACUGGCUUUGGAACUUCGGCAUCAUUUCGGGAGUAGGAGUAUCCAUUGCUCUGGCUUUCCGAUUCUGCGGACUCGGUUCCCUCCUGGGUCUUUACAUCCCUUGCUGUCGGCUCGAACCCUCCCCCCUUACAUCCACGGAUGAUCGGGAAGACCAGAAAGGUGGACAAGCGGCCUGGAUCCCCAACCAGGACGAAGAAGACAUCCUCUACUGCGCAGACUACUCGUCUGACAUGGAGGAAUUCCAAUACGUAGCGGCUUGCCCAGACGACGAAGAGGACAUCCUGUAUUGCGCGGACAACCCCGACGACGACGAGGUUAUGUACGACGCAGACGUCCCUGAUGACAUCGACGACGUCUCCCUACUUUCGGUAGAUGACCCCUAG